AUGAGAGGAGGCAGAAACAAUGCUAAAAGAAAGAGAGUUGGCAAUUUCAACGGGAAAGGGGAGGUAGAUAUUAGCUUUAUUCAAGAGACCAAAAUGAGUAAUAUAGAUAGUGGUAUCGUUAGAGAUUUGUGGGGAGAUGAUUUGGUGGAAUGGUCUUAUUCGGAAGCGGAAGGGGCAUCGGGAGGAUUGUUAACUAUGUGGAAGAAGGACCUUUUCAAUCUGGUUUUUAGUUUUAAAGGGCAAGGUUACCUUGGCCUUUGUGUGGAAAAGAAUGGAAAGUUGAUUUAUUUUGUCAACAUUUACGCUUCAUGUGAUAUUAAUCGUAGAAUGGAAUCCUGGAAGAGGUUGAUAGAGUUCAAGAUGAAAAACGAGAAGGGAGCUUGGUGUGUAGGAGGUGACUUCAACUCUAUUUCAUCUUUGGAAGAAAGAGUUGGUAAAUCAGGAAGGAGCUAUAAAAGGGAGAUGUCGGAGUUCAAUGCCUUUAUAGAAGAAAUAGAUUUGGUGGAUCUUCCAACAAUUGGAGGAAAAUUUACAUGGUUCAAUAGUAAUAGUAAAGCCAUGAGCCGGAUCGAUAGAUUCCUCCUUUCGGAAGACUUUAUUGAAGAUUGGAAGGUGGAAGGUCAAUUCAUUGGAGAUAGAGAUGUUUCGGAUCAUGCCUCGAUUUGGUUGAAAGAUAAUAGACAAAAUUGGGGACCAAAACCCUUUAGAUUCAACAACUCAUGGUUUGAUCAUGUAGAUUUUAACUCAUUUGUUAAAAAGGAGUGUAACAUCAUUGACAUAAAAGGGAGAGGUGAUUUUUGCUUGGUAGAGAAGUUGAGAAUUCUAAAGAAGAGACUUGCUUGGUGGAACAAGGAGGUGUAUGGAUGGAUUGACCUUAACAUAGAGAAGGCCGGGGAGGAAAUGAAUUUUUUAGAUAACAUGUUUGUUCAUUUUGCAGGAAAAGUUCCGGAAGAGGUGGUGAUUAAAAGAUCAAAGGCAAUGGCGGCAUUUUGUGAUUUCUUCUCGGAGGAUGUUCAAUGUAGGCUGGAGCUCUCCGGUACCAGAUUGAAAGCGCUGCUGCCCCAGGAUUCUUCGGAUGUUGAAAGGCCGUUUUCGAAAGAUGAAGUAAAGGAGGCGAUUUGGUCGUGUGAUGGCAACAAAAGCCCGGGGCCGGACGGUUACUCUCUAGAGUUCUUCAAGAAGUUUUGGUCUCUUCUAAAAGGAGAUUUGAUGGCUUUGUGCAAUGAUUUCCACUCUAAAGGGAAGCUUGUUAAAGCUAUUACAUCUUAUUUUCUAACCUUGAUCCCUAAGAACGAAAACCCCCAGGAGCUAAGUGAAUACCGCCCCAUAUGUUUGGUUGGGAGUAUUUACAAGAUAUUGGCUAAGCUUUUAGCUAAUAGAUUAAAAGGAGUGAUUGGUAAUUUGAUUUCUCCUAAUCAAACCGCGUUCGUUCCGCAUAGAAACAUGAUGGACGGAGUGCUUUUGGUCAACGAGAUUUUAGAUUGGUCGAAGAGAAAGAAAAGAAGUUGCCUUUUGUUAAAGGUCGAUUUUGAGAAAGCCUAUGACUCCGUAUCUUGGAACUACCUUAGGUAUCUUAUGAAGAGGAUGGGUUUUGGCAAGAAGUGGAUGUCUUAG